AUGUCGAAAGCUUUAGUCUCGGGGCCAGCUCGUAUGCUGGCUAUAUAUGGUGGUAUUUCUGGGUUAGCUUAUGUCGAGACGGACGGUUUUCGAAGAAGUGCUCCAUUUAUAACUGUCCUUCCGCUUUUAGUUCUUGGCUUCAUGGCAAUGUCGUUGACAAUGAAAUGGAAAACGAAGUACUUAACAGCUUCCUCAUUUUUUGUUGAAGGUGACGCUUGGCUUUUUGAUCUGAGCUUUUUGCUUCUGACUUUUGGUCGUAUGUGGUUUUUACGAUAUGUGGAAAUAAAUUACGGUCGUGCUCCUGGCUUUUUUAUAAUGAGCGAUUUAGCGGGGCUUUGUUGCAUUAGUAUACCUAUUGGACGGUAUCUCAAGUUGACCCAUCGGAAAAACAUUAACAUUAUUGCAACAGCUUUAAGUUGCUCGCGAGUUCUUUAUCUUAUGUCGUUCCUCCCCUGUGUUAAGAAGCUUUGGCAUGGACUGGCGAUCCUAGCUGCGUUCUUACGAUUUAUUGGACUUUUGAUCUCGUUUUGCUCGACCAGUCUUUCAAUUAUAAACCAAUUUGCCCAGCGACUGAACAAGACGGACUACAUCGUUCCUAUUGGACACUUUGUUGCGGAAGGAUUGCUUUUUUUUGCGAAUGAACGUGCGUUUUGA